AUGGCUUACUUUCUCGACAUUCUGGUUGGCACCCCUGGUCAAAUGCAGUCGGUUAUGAUCGAUACUGGUAGUAGCGACCUCAUCGUCACUGCAUCGAACGCUUCUGCCUGCAUCACUAUUUGGGGGUGCGCAGGUGGUACGUUCGAUCCCGUGAAGUCGUCAACCUUUGGCACCGUCACUCCCGACGGAUUGAGCAUAACGUACGGCGACUACUCUCGGAAAGUUGGUGACUAUGUCAAUGAUGUUACCCAAAUUGGCGAUGUCCCGAUGAAUGACGCUCAACUGGGGCUUGCCUACUACACCAAAGACUUUACUGGCGUCAACUUUGGAAUCAUGGGACUUGGCUACUCCAGCAAUUUGGCUGGUAACGAGGCAGUCGAACCUGACGAGCAAUCAUACCCUCCCACGUUUAUUGAAACACUCGUUCACACGGGUGUUAUUGCCUCACGUCUAUUCAGUCUCCACCUCAACGAGCUGGGCAAACGUGGCUCUAUCAUCUUCGGCGGCAUUGACGUCGACAAAUUCAGAGGUCCUUUGACCACUCUCAAUUGCUUGGCAGAUAACGACACGGUCAAGGACUUUUACCUGAAUCUCGAGGAAGUCACGGUGCAAUCUAGCAAAGGAGGUAGCCAAAGUCUUAUGCGACCUACGGGGCAAAAGCCCUAUCCCGUCUUGUUGGACACCGGAAGUCUUAACUGGAACGUACCGACGGACGUCUAUGAGAAGAUUACUGAGGCCGCAGGGGCAUUUGAAGCCAACGAUACGAAAACGGAACGUGAAUGGCUCGAGAAGCCUUGCGAUGAUCUGGACCGUGGCGGCAUCGACGCACCUCACAUACAGCUCACACUUUCUGGCAACGGACCCAACACUGUAACUCUUGACCUUGAAAUGGCCGACCUCUUCAUCCCAAGACUAAAUCAAGACGGGAGUGCUAAGACCAAUGAUGUUGGUCAAGCGCUCUGCGAGCUGAUAGUGAGAGAUUACGGAUCACCAGAGGGCCUUGACCAAGAGGGUGGUAUAGCCAUAGGAAACGUUGUCACAAGGACUGGUUACUUUGUUUUCGACCUUGACAACGGCCAGAUCUCCAUUGCACAGGCCGAUUUCGCGGCGAACUCCUCGAACGUAGUGCAGGUCGAAGCGGGGCCCGAUGGUCUAAAGAAUGCGUUUGAUGGCCUCAAAGCCGAGCACCAGACAAACCAUGUCGAGGGGCAAUUUGGCCGUUGA